GUGCUUAAAAAAAAUAAAUGUUAAAAGAUAGUUGCAUGCCUGACGCCAGACGUGUACAGGGAUAUAAAUCGCCGGGUUCUGGGAAGGAUCGCUCUGUGAGGGGGUCGCUCUGUGUCCCCAGGAUGCUUUGGGGGAGGAAGCCAUGUUGCUUUACAUGUAUGGUACACAGAGCCUCAGUCGCUGAACCUAACCUACCUCAAGGGCAGGCUGUGUGCGUGCGAGAACCAUGCAUGCCAACUUGAAGUGCUUGGGAGGAUAAAUAACUAACUAGAGGGGAGCAAGGGAGAAACACCAUAUAGUGAUUAAAUAACAACAACACAUGGAGAUUGUGAAUACAUGUAGACACCGAUUUCUUUCCAUACAUCUGCAUCUGAAAUGUGGUGGCAGCCCAUGAAGUCCUACUCAGGGCAGACCUGCUGGAAUCAAUGGGUUUAAGUUAGUUGUGGGCAUUGAUUUCAACGGGGCUACUCUGAGUAGGACUUACUUGGACACAACCAAAGGCCUGUGGAGUCCAGCAUCCUGUUCUCACAGCAGCCAGCUAGGAAACCCAAGUGCCUUCCCUCACUGUUACUCAUAAGGAUGUACCGUAAUAAGAGCCUGGCAGCUGGAUCAGGCCAAAGGCCCAUCUAGCCCAGCAUCCUGUUCCCACAGUGGCCAAACAGAUGCCACAGUGCCAAGCCUGCAAGCAGGGCCUGAGCGCAACAUCAGCCCUCCUCUCCUGUGAUUCCCAGCAACUGGGAAUUCAGAGACACAUACUGCCUCUUGACAGUGGAAGGAGAACAUACCCAUCAGUAGCCAUUGAUAGUUUUAUUGUUCUUCAUGAAUUUGCCUAAUCCUCUUUUAAGUGGAUGGCCAUCAUUAUCACAUGGGAAGGGAUUCCAUAUUUUAACUAGACAUCAACCUAAGCCUGCAAUCAGCUCCCACCUGCCUGCCCUCUUUACUUACAACCAAGCAGGGGGUGGGCCUGCUCAUCAUAGGCUCUGGCGCCACCUGCUGUUGAACUCCCAGUCUUCCACCCUACCAGUCCUAGUGGGCUACAACCUGGUCACCACUGGUCCAUUGAGUUCAGCACUCUCUAAACUGACUGGCAGCAUCUCUCUCCCAUGUUUCAGACUGGGGUCUUUUAUGGCCCUGCCUGGGGACUGAACCUGGGACCUUCUUCAUGCAAGGCAGAUGCUCUACCCUUGAGCUGCCGCCCUUCCUGUUUUGUAUGGGUGCAAAUGAGCGAUAUCUGGAGUAGUGAAUUAUCCUCCGCCGCCUUUACCCCCCGCCAUUUGCCCCCCCGAUCAUCAUGGCUCUAUGCCCGUAGUCUGCUACCCGUCCAAGGAGUCUAUCUUGAGCCCACGGCCGCAGGAGCGCAGCACUGUGAUGCGCCGGACCACCGUUUUGGCCCUCUUCUCCGUGGUCCUCAUUUACCUGGUCACAGGUGCCUUCGUCUUUCGCCAACUGGAGCAGCCCUAUGAGAUCCACCAGCAGAGGAAGAUCCAAGCCUACCUGGAGCAGUUCUUAAAGCUACACCAAUGUGUAGCCGCUGAGGACCUCGAGGACCUCAUCCAGCAAGUGGGCGAUGCCAUGGGCGUCGGAGUGGAGCCUGCCAUCAACAGCACAAACGCCAACAGCUCGCACUGGGAUAUGGGCAGCGCUUUCUUCUUCGCUGGGACCGUGAUCACCACCAUCGGGUUUGGGAACAUCUCCCCCAAGACUGACCCUGGCCGGCUUUUCUGUAUCUUCUAUGCCCUCGUGGGGAUUCCUCUCUUUGGCAUGCUGCUGGCAGGAGUCGGGGACCAUUUGGGAUCGUCUCUCCGGAAAGCCAUUGGCAAAGUGGAGGACAUUUUCUUGAAGUGGCAGGUCAGUGCUACCAUUGUGAGGGUCCUCUCGGCCUUGCUCUUCAUCCUCAUUGGCUGCCUCCUCUUCGUCUCCCUGCCAACCAUCAUCUUCCAGAGGGUGGAAGGAUGGACCCUUUUAGAGAGCGUCUACUUUGUGGUUGUCACACUGACCACCAUUGGAUUUGGCGACUAUGUGGCAGGUGAUACGAAAAGCGAAGAAUACCUGUGGUACCAGCCAUUGGUGGUGGUCUGGAUUCUGCUGGGCUUGGCCUACUUUGCCUCCAUCCUGACUAUGAUUGGCAACUGGUUGAGGGUGUUGUCCCGGCGCACGAGGGCUGAGAUGGGAGACUUGACUGCGCACGCUGCCUCCUGGACGGGCAACGUGGCCUCCCAGCUCCGUGUCCCAAACAUGGCGUUUCCAGACAAGCUGCACAGAGUGGGCACCUUGAAAGGGAAGCCGCUGUCGCCUUCGGCCAUGUUGCAGCAGGGGGACAGCCAAGAGGUAUUGCCGCCACUGCUACUGCCGCAGCAGCAAUUGCCACCACAGCAGCAAUUGCCACCGCAGCAGCAAUUGCCACCGCAGCAGCAACUGCCACCACAGCAGCAAUUGCCACCCCAGCUGCCGCCUUUACCACCCCCGCUGCUGCCACCGCCACCACCAUCCCCGCGCCCAUCUCCAGGUACUGCACAGCGUGUGGCCCAGCUGCGGCCUAUAGACUACGCGGGUGAAAACCUGGCCUUCAUUGACGAGAGUUCAGAUGCGCUGAGCGAUGGAGGGCCGCCUUCUGCCAGGUUGCCCCGCCGCAUGCGCCCUCGGGCACGGCACCGUGCCAACACGGGCCAGCCGCCAGGAUUGCCCAUGGUCCUGCUGAGCCUGACCCAGGACAAAGGUGAACCUGUCUAAGGCUAGGGCUAGGCCAAAGCCUGACUUGGAGCAAGUUUCCGACCUAUUGGUGCAGUUCUCUUUGUUCCUCUCCUCCUGUGCCCAGCAGAGUGAAACCCAAAGCGUCUCGGCUUUUGUUUCCGUGAGGUGCUAAGUGCCCGCCUUUUUGUGUGCCCUGGCACAAACCCUCUGCACUGCGGUAUCCCAUUCUAUGCUGCCAGCUGGGCUCUGUCCCUGUUUCCAUAGACACUAGGAUUGCCACCUUCUUUGCUGUGCCAACACAGUCUCUUGCUUCCAGUGGGACAAAACCUGGCAUCACCGCUCUCCUCUCCGCAUGGUGCUCCCCUACUCAGCCUUCCUCCGGGCAGCAGGAUUAUACUCCUGUUCCCCGAGCAUCACUGGAAGCCUCAUCUCAACCUGUGUGCCUGUUAUGGUUGUCCUCCUUUAAUCUUCCAGAACUGCACCUUGUGAGUGGGUGGACAGGUCAGGAUCACUCCCAUCCACUCUGGCUCCAAGCACCAGGUCUACUUCCUGUUGCAUGCUCUCCUGAUCAUCCCUGUCCCCAAGCACACACGCACAAAACUCCUCCUGCCUCGUGAGUCAGAUUAGGCGAAUAGCCACACAAAGUGUGAAUGAGUUUCAUAGCUGUUAGAAUAGAAUCAUAGAAU